CGCUCCGGCCCCGCUCCGCUCCGCGGCACCAUGGCGCCCGCCCGCCCGCUCGCGCCCCUGCUGCUGCUGCUGCUCUGCGUGGGCCUCCCCGCAGCCGUCGCCGAAUCGAUCCGAGAGACUGAAGUCAUCGACCCUCAGGAUGUCCUGGAAGGUGGAUACUUCUCUGGAGACCUCCCUGAUGAUGAGGAUAUCGGAGGGCCGGGGCAGGACAGCGAUGACUUUGAGCUGUCAGGCUCUGGAGCUAUGGAUGACUCAGAGGACCAUAGGACCUUCCCCGAAGUGAUCCAUCCCUUGGUGCCUCUAAAUAACCACAUCCCAGAGAGGGAAGGGCCUGGGAGGUGGGUGCCCACAGAAAUUGGGGAACUGGAGGAGAAUGAGGUUAUCCCCAAGAGGAUCGCACCCUUUGGGGAUGAGGAUGUAUCUAACAGAGUGUCCAUGUCCAGCACCGCCCAGGGCAGCAACAUCUUCGCGAGAACGGAAGUCCUGGCAGCUCUGAUUGUGGGUGGCGUUGUGGGCAUCCUCUUUGCUGUGUUCCUGAUCCUGUUGCUGGUAUACCGCAUGAAAAAGAAGGACGAAGGCAGCUACGACCUGGGCAAGAAACCCAUCUACAAGAAAGCCCCCACCAAUGAGUUCUACGCAUGAAUGAAGCUCCUCGUGGGCACAGCUUGGACUUUUGGGGGAGGGAAUCCAGAGGAUUGUGAGUGAUGGGCAUUAGAGUUAGGGGGUGGGCACCUUCAUACUGACCCGUUGGGUGUCUCCAGCUCUGAUUGCCUCUCCAGCAUCAGAAGAGACAUCUUCCACUGUGCUGC